UUGCUAUUGCAAGGCAUUUGAUCGAUGCCAUGCAAUCCGAAACGGUGUUUCAGGAAUCAUCUAAUAUCCAUUUACAAAACGGCAUCGUAUUCGCAAUACAGGCAUACCGCCAUCAAAAUCAUUACAAUUUGUUGAUCGAUAAAUCAAUUCAUUGGAUGUAAAAAGCGCUUUGAUACCAUGAACAAGUACCGAAAUGGGCUGCUCAAAUGUACUUGAUUCAUUAGCCUGCUCAUUUACUAAUUACAUUCAAUCAUUCGAAACAUGAUAACCUUAAAAGGAAAAACGCUUGCGUUGUGAUGCUGCUCUUUUUAACACAACUGUUCGCCUGCGAUUACACCCAGGGCCUGUACAACGUUUCCUUGGGAUCUUCAGGCGAUUUCUUACUUUCCAAUCUCAAUAACAGCGAUCCUGCAAUGAUAAAAACUGCGAUGAACUGGACACAGAUGAACAGCUCAAUCGUAUUUAUGAGAAAUAGAAAUGGAUUUACGAUCAUGCUUGGCAGCAAAAAGCUUUGCUUGAUGGGUGCUGAUCAGGUCAUGCUGUGCAAUCCAUAUGAUAAAUCAGUGUUGGAUGAUUGGCGAUUCGUGGAAACAUCCAAAGGUACGAGCAUACGAACUAGAAAUAUGUGUCUUACCGUGUCUAUGACACCUCAUAGCUUUAUGAGCCAUCCGUUCUUCUCUCUAAGGACUACGCCUUGCGGCAGCAAAGUGUACAGUUAUUUUUCAAUAGAUAGAAUCGAUCCCUACGCUUUUAAUCCGCACGGAGGGUUCUCUUCCUACGGUUCCGGGUUCAAUUAGGUGUUUGAUCUUUAUGAGAACAAAAUUUGCCAUUAAA